AUGCCGCUGGAGGAGCAUGUCCGCCGCGGAUGCGGGUCCACACAACGGGGUGCCCGUGAACAGACAGGCAACGGCCGCGCCAACAAGGACUCAGCCAUGGUUUUUCGGCCGGGGAAGAGCGGCAGCAGCCUAGCGGUGUUGCUUGCGACUAUCUCCUGCUGUUCGGGAAACGAGAUAGCCCGGACAUGCCAACAGCUGAAGGAUCGCGUCACGCCCAGCGACAGGGGAGGACCUUGGCUGAUCACGACCACCCUGGGAGAAGGCGAGGCGCUGAGCUGCUUGGAAGGGGGCACGUUCCCGCUGGAAGAGACGCCCACGGAUCCCCCGGCCCACGUCUCCACGGAGCCCCCCGCGGGCAACAGCAGUACCGCGGACGGCGCGUUCCCGCUGGAGGAGCCAGCCACGGAGCCCCCGGCGAAUGCCCCCGCGGCGGUCGCCACGGAUGCCCCCGUUGGAGGCGACGAGGGCUUGGUGCCGGAAGAGUCUGGCAACAGCACCGCCACCGCCGACGGCGGCGUGGGCAGCGGCGGCGAGGACGAGGAGACGUGGGGAGAGGGGGAGGGGGGUAGCGACGAGGUCACCUCGUACGAAGAGGAGUACGAGGAGGAGAUGGAGGAAUACGAGGAAGAGAUGGAGGAGUACGAAGAGGAAUAUGAGGAAGAGUACGAGGAAGAGAUGGAGGAAUACGAGGAGGAGUACCAGGAGGAGUACGAGGAGUACGAGGAAGAGUACGAAGAGAUGGAGGAGGAAUAUGAAGAGGAGUACGAGGAGGAGAUGGAGGAGGAAGAAGAGUACUACGAGGAAGAGAUAGGACAAGAAGAGGGUGAAAGAAAUGACGAUGAGGAGGAGGACCCGUCCGUCGAUGACAACUCCUUCGUGCUCAAGUUCGGAGCUGGCUUGAUGGUCUUGGUGGCGAUCGGCGCGGUGGGCGUCUUCGUGAUGAGGCGAAGGCGCACGCAGGGGCUCCGUGGUGAAUUCCAGGGGGUACCCCACAGAGGGCUCACGGACGAAGACAGCCUCUGAUCUGCUGGGUUCGAUGGGCCCACCACCACAGCACAGAAAUCGUGGACUGAUUUUUUGACGCGGUCGUCUCUCUUGUGGGUAACUCUCUUGCAAUUCGACUUACGUAACGUUUCGUCGUGUGGACCAAGGGAAAUGUUGCCCCGGUUUGUGUAUUUAUUCGUUUUGAAGGAGAAACACAGGCACGCGCUUGGUUGGGCGCGUGAACGUUGGAGCUGUUCCGCCCGCAGUUUUUAUCGUAGUUUCCGCGACGGGACGUUUUGACAGGAUUGCUGGUCCGGGCGCUGCUGUCGCCCAAUCCCCGACCCCCCGUUGUCGAGAGGUGAUUUGGU